GGCACGGAGCCCGCGUUCUGGUCGGACCUCAACGAGGAGACCCGCGAGGGCACGUUCGUCUGCGCGAAGGACGGCUGCAACGCGCCGCUCUUCCCGAGCGAGACGAAGUACGACUCCGGCACGGGCUGGCCGAGCUUCUGGGCCGCGGGCAAGGACGCGAUCACCGUCGACGACGGCGGCUUCCUCUCGGCCAUGUUCGGCCGCGAGGUCAAGUGCGCGAGCUGCGCCGGCCACCUCGGCCACCGCUUCGACGACGGCCCGAUCAACACGACGGGCAAGCGGUUCUGCAUCAACGGCGCCGCGCUCCGCUUCCGCGAG